AUUGGGAGGGCAUCUGUUCGAGUCAGAGCCCCCCUUCCUCUCCCAACUUUUGUUAAUCUUUUAUUUGGUAAUUUUAGUUUUAUUUAUUCAUGCUUUUGCUUUCUUUAUCAUCCUCCUCCUCGAGACAGAGAUCUGAUCUCUUCUUAUCGGGGACUCUGGUCUUUAAUGGUCUUGCAGACAUGGCGGUGGAGCUCAUGAUGGGUUACGGAAGUGAGGGCUUCGCUGCAAAGAUGGAAGAGAAUGCGGUGGAGGAAGCCGCCUCCGCCGGCCUUCAGAGUGUCGAGAAACUCAUAAGAUUGUUAUCACAGCAGCAGCGAGAGGCCUCUUCGAGCCCCAAAGCCUCCAUGGAAAUCGACUUGAAUUGCAGGGCCGUCGCGGAUGUGGCCGUGACCAAGUUUAAAAGGGUCAUUUCCCUGCUCGAUCGAACCAGAACAGGCCACGCUCGCUUCCGAAGGGCUCCCGUCGCCACCCCUUCUCCCCUCAAUCUUCCUUCCUCCCACAAUCAUGCCAUUGAUGAGAAGCAAACUUCAGGCUCUAUUUCAAUUUCUGGUUCUGUUUCAAGGGUUUUGUGUCCGACCCCCAUUCAGCGCCUCCCUCCUCUGCCUCACCCUCCGCCCCACCAAACGCCCAAUAACGGAUCUGCGGAGAGGAAGGAACCGACGGCGACGAUCAAUUUCUCGUCCUCGCCGCCGAUUUCUGCCGCCAACUCUUUCUUGUCGUCGCUGACGGGGGAUACCGACAGUGUACAGCCGUCUCUGUCUUCCGGGUUUCAUAUUACCCACAUGUCGCAGUCGGCGGGUCGGCCGCCUCUGUCCUCGUCGUCGUUGAAGAGGAAGUGCAGCUCCGUGGACGAUGCCGCCGGUAAGUGCCGGUCAUCGUCCAGCCGGUGCCAUUGCUCCAAAAGAAGCAGGAAAUCGAGAGUGAAGAGAGUGAUCAGAGUUCCUGCGAUUAGCUCGAAGAUGGCUGAUAUUCCUCCCGACGAUUACUCGUGGAGAAAGUAUGGACAGAAACCCAUCAAAGGUUCCCCACACCCAAGAGGAUAUUACAAGUGCAGCAGCGUGAGAGGUUGCCCGGCGAGGAAACACGUGGAGCGGGCUCUAGACGACCCGGCGAUGCUGAUCGUCACCUACGAGGGCGAGCACAACCACCAACACUCCACGGUGGACGCCGCCGCGGCUCUGGUCCUCGAAUCGUCUUAGUUUCAAAUCCGGCGGCAAUCGACCGUGGCAGUGAGGUACAGAAAAGACAAUCCUGACGUAAUCACUACCGUCCAAGGCCGAGAAAAAGGAUUAGAUCCAGCGGCUACGGAGGGCACCGUGUUAAUAGUCAAUGCAUGGGCUGGGCGCGGUCAUCAAGAAGAUUGGUGGGUACUGGUUAGUGGUUGCUUUAGCUGCCUGGACCGUACAAUACGGGAUUAUUCCCUGUUUUUUUUUUCCUUGAAAUUAAUUAAGUAUUUUAUUUUUCUUGUAGAAGAAAAGGAAAAGAUAUGGAAAGAAAGGAUUGGAAAUGUGGAAGUGGUGAAAUGGGUGGAGUUGAUGAAUCAUUGUUUUCAUUAUAAUUAUAAUAAUAAUAAUUAUUAUUAUUAUAAA